AAAAACCCAAUUUUUAUUUUAUCUUUCAUUUUUCCGAAAAUUUUCUCGAUCGCUGAUCGACGGCGAAAAUCUCGAGCUUUUUUUUUCUCCGGCGAUGGUUGAAUUCGCCGAUUACCCUGAAAUUAACUUUCACUGAAACCCAUAAACCCUAAGUUACUGUAGUCAUUGAAGCUGUUCUUGAUUCCAAAUCUUGCUCAAGAUUCGUUUUUUUUGGGUUACUUUUGGAUUUGAUCUGUUCAAAGUAGUGGAGCAAGAACUUGAAGAGAGAUCUGUUUUUGUAAAUUUUUCCCCAAUUUAUCAAUAAUGAUGAUGAUCUUGCGAGAACGGUGUUAGUUUCCUUUUGCAGAGCUGGUGGUUUUUUGUAUAUUGGCUUGGUUUUUUCUACAUGGAAGCUUACAGAGAGGAAGCUCUGAGAGUGAAACAGAUCGCUGAGAAGAGAUUUGUGGAGAAAGAUUUCACAAGCGCUAGGAGUUAUGCGUUGAAAGCUAGGUCUUUGUUUCCUGAUUUGGAAGGUUUAUCUCAGAUGAUUGCGACGUUUGAAGUUUAUUUAGCGUCUCAGUGUAGGAGUGGUGGUCAAAUUGAUUAUUAUGGGGUACUUGGACUGAAACCGUCGGCUGGGAAAAGAGAAGUGAAGAAACAGUACAAGAAGAUGGCUGUAUUGCUUCAUCCUGACAAGAACAAAUGCAUUGGGGCUGAUGGUGCGUUUCAUCUCAUAUCUGAAGCCUGGAGUUUCUUGUCCAAUGAGUUUAAUAAAAGCACUUUUUAUUACAAAAGAAAGAAGCAUAUCGACUCCACAGUGGUUCAGAAGCACAGCACAGAGUACAUGCCUGGGACUGGGACUACAGUAUUUGAUCGGUGUCCACCAUCUUCAGAAAGGCUUGAUACUUUCUGGACUGUAUGCACCUCUUGCAAAGUUCAGUAUGAGUACCUGAGGAAGUAUGUGAAUAAGAGGCUUUCAUGUAAGAACUGUCGUGGAGCAUUUAUUGCUGUAGAAACUGGUCCAGCUCCUGUUAGUGCGCCAUUUCAUUACACGCCUCCAUCUCAUGCACCUCCUUCUCAUGCCCCUUCAUCUCAUGCCCCUUCAUCUCAUGCUCCUCCAAGUAAUGGCUAUGGCACACAUGGUUAUGAUGCUAUGUCACGCAUGCCCACCAACUCAACAUAUUUCUUAGGCCACUAUCCUGGACAAGGACAUGGAUAUGAUUAUGGUACCAAUGGUUCAUAUGAAUGGACCUCAUACGCUGGAACUACUUCCCCAGGGAAUCUGGAUUUGAAGCGUGUGUCCUCAGUGUCCAAUGGGUAUCCUUAUAAGCACAGCAGCUCAGUAGUCAGCACGGGGAUAAAAAAAGUCAAAGAUGGUUCUAAUGGGACAUGUUCGCUGAAAAGCUCAUCAGGGGGUUUGAUAUAUCCUAAUCCGCCAAGCAUGUCUGCUCACGGGACUGCAAAUAAGAUUGGCAGACCUGGGAAGAAGAGCAAAGUUUUUCUGGAAGCUGCUGCCAAUGGAUUUGUUGAGAACCCUCUGAAAUCUGUCUCAGUAUCAAAGACAACGAAUGCGGAUGGCAAAAUGGAUCAAGAUUACAAACUUCAUCUCCAAAGUAGUGGCUCAUCCAGACGGUGGUCUGCUGCAUCAGUAAUGGAUACACGGAAGCCCUUACUUCAAAAGGCCAAAUCAGACAUUAAGCAAAGAUUGGAGACCAUGAGAUUAGCUUCAGAGGCAGCAGCGGCUGCAGAGGUUGCGACACCCCUUGAUGAAAAAGCUGUUAUCUCCUGUAAGUUGGGAGAUGUUACGGGGCGCAAAAAUAACGGGCCAAUAACUGUUCCAGACUCUGACUUCCACGAUUUUGAUAAAAACAGAUCGGAGGAAUCCUUUGAGCCAAGGCAAAUAUGGGCAAUUUAUGAUGAAGAUGAUGGUAUGCCACGCCUAUAUUGUGUCGUUAGGGAAGUACUCUCCGUUCAACCCUUUAAGAUUGACAUUGCCUACUUAAGCUCCAAAACCGACAUCGAGUUUGGGUCAAUGAAAUGGGUACAAUACGGGUUUACAAAGUCAUGUGGGCAUUUCAGGAUACGAAACUCUGACAUAGUUGACCACAUAAACAUCUUUUCGCAUCUUUUGAAAGGCAAGAAGACAGGGAGAGGUGGUUGUGUUCGAAUCUUCCCCACAACUGGGGAGAUUUGGGCUGUCUACAAGAACUGGUCACUAAACUGGGACGGAUCAACCCCGGACGAAGUGAGGCACCAGUAUGAAAUGGUCGAAAUCCUAGAUGAAUAUACUGAACAGUAUGGUGUGUGCAUUGCCCCUCUUGUUAAACUUGAGGGCUACAAAACUGUAUAUCACAAGAGCACCAGGGAAGAUGAUAGUAAGAAGUGGAUACCUAGGUGCGAGAUGUUGCGAUUCUCACAUCAAGUGCCAUCCUGGUUUAUUAAAGAUGCAACCAACGGCUUUCCCGGAAACUGUUGGGACUUAGAUCCAGCUGCAAUCCCCGAGCAGCUGCUUCACAUCGGAGCAGGAACCAAUUAAUUUCAGUGACCCUAUAAGAGAAAGAGGGUUUCAGAUUGAGACCAAGUGUAGUGUAAGAGUUGUUGUUGUUGUUGUAUCAGCCAAGAAUGGACAAGAUUGUGGAGUUUUAUGAAGGAAUGUUAAACACACAAAACCAUUCUGUUUGGUCACUGAAGCUGUUGUAUUAGGCAAUGUUCAAGAGUAAGCAAAGCAUAGUUUGACUUUUGUUUGCUCCUUCUCUUUUUCUUUUUUUACCAUUCUGUAUUCGUUUCUUUGUUGACCUUAGUGAUGACAGAAUUUUUACAAGUAGAGUUAUAAAUGUAGCAAUUAUCUUUCCAUUUCU